CAGACAAAGCCGCUCCCCCCACACCCAGUUUUUUUCUUUCUUUCUUUUGGUUCCCGCCUCUUAUUUUUCAUUGGUUUGCCCAACUGCUCAGAGGAAGUGUGUGAGAUGUGCGCUAGGGAGGAAAAAGUUUUGUUUUUAAGUUUAGCAAGGAAGAGGAGGAGGAUUGAAGGAACGCGGAUGUCUUCUUAGUCGACUUUCUUUCCUCCGUGCCGUGCGUGCGGCUCGGCUGGGAGCUGCUCGCGCGCACUUUAUGCCGGCCCCUCCUGUAGAAGGGCGCGAGCUUCUUUGCCCCCCGCGCGAACGCGGAGCAGGGCCAGCUUCCCGAGGAUCGUUCGCUCCUUGCCCAGUCAGCGGGCGAGCGCGCGGCAGCCGCAGCCCGCAACCGCCGUGAAAAAAGCCUCUUUUCGCUCCACCUCCUCCUCCUCUCUCUCUCUCCCGCCUCCCCCCAUCAUCUCGGAAUUGCCUCAAUCUUUCGACAUGGUCAGUGGUUGAGAGACUGGAAGCUAAAAGAGAAAGGUGUUGCUGAGAAGAGUUAGCGAGGGAGCGACGCGAGGAAAGGCGUCGCGAGCAGAGUCACACUCUCGGACCACAGCCUCGCUUCGCCGAGCGCGCGCGCUCCGGAUUACUGCCACACAAACCCAGUAUGGGGCACGGGAGGCGCCGAUCUCCGGGAGUUUCGGCAGCUGGCACGGGACAUUUAGGGGCAAGACGCGUCCCUACCGCUGCUGUCGUCCUCGCUUUGCUGUUGAGCACCUUUAGCUCGGCCGUAGACCAAAAGAAAGUUUGUCAAGGAACCAGCAAUAAGCUAACUCAACUUGCAAGUGUGGAGGACCACUAUAACAACCUUAAGAGGAUGUAUGAGAACUGUGAAGUAGUGCUUGGCAAUCUGGAAAUCACUUACGUGGAUUACAGCUAUAACCUUACCUUUCUAAAGAGUAUACAAGAAGUGGCUGGCUAUGUGGUUAUAGCAAUGAAUGCAGUGAAAACCAUUCCUCUGGAGAAUCUCCAGAUAAUACGAGGGAACACACUUUAUGAAAAUGCUGCAUUGGCAGUGUUACUAAAUCAUAAUGGCACGAAGGGGCUUGAAGAGCUACCAAUGAGACACUUAGCAGAAAUUCUAAAUGGAGGAGUAAAGUUCAGCAAUAACCCUUUCCUCUGCAACAUGGAAAAUGUUCUGUGGGAUGACAUUUUUGAUAAAAAUAAUAUUCGGCAUUUUGUACAGUUUGACACUAGUGAAAGAACAAAGGCAUUGACAGGAUCUUACGUACCCUGUCCUCAUUGUCAUCCAAAUUGCACAAGAGGGCACUGCUGGGGUGCUGGCGAAGAGAAUUGCCAAAUAUUAACCAAGAUUGACUGUGCAGCACAGUGCUCAGGUCGAUGCAAGGGAAGGUUGCCAAGUGACUGCUGUCAUACUCAGUGCGCAGCAGGAUGUACAGGUCCUAAAGAGAGUGAUUGCUUGGCAUGUCGCAAGUUUUGGGAUGAUGCAACUUGCAAGGAGUCUUGCCCAGCUUUGCAAAUAUACAAUCCCUAUACCUAUCAGUUGGAAGAUAACCCAGAAGGAAAGUACAGUUUUGGAGCAACUUGUGUAAAAAACUGCCCACAUAACUAUGUAGUAACAGAUCAUGGCUCAUGUGUCCGAUCAUGUAGCGCAGACUCUACAGAAGUGGAGCAGAAUGGCAUUCGAAAGUGUAAAAAAUGUGAUGGCCCUUGUAGCAAAGUGUGCAGUGGAAUUGGGAUAGGUGAAUUGAAAGGUGUUCUUGCGGUAAAUGAAUCCAAUAUUGAUUAUUUCAAGAACUGUACCACAAUCAACGGUGAUCUCACAUUUCUGCAUGCGUCCUUUUUUGGUGAUGAAUACACAAAUACACCUCCUUUGGAUAUAAGGAAGUUGGAUAUUUUUAAAACUGUUAAAGAAAUCACAGGAUUUCUAUUGAUCCAGGUUUGGCCUGAAAAUGCCACUGAUUUGAGUAGCUUUGAAAAUCUGGGAGUAAUACGAGGUAGAACAAAACAAUUAGGUCAAUAUGCUCUUGCAGUCAUCAACUUGAAUAUAAAAUCAUUGGGAUUACGGUCUCUCAAAGAAGUAAGUGAUGGAGAUGUUGCCAUUUUGAAAAACAACCACCUCUGCUAUGGCAACACAUUGAAUUGGAAUAAACUUUUUGUAACGCCAAAACAGAAAAUAAGAAUAAACAAAAAUGGAAAUGAAAGCGAAUGUGCUGCUACAGGACAAGUUUGUCAUCCCUUCUGCUCAAAUGUAGGCUGCUGGGGUCCAGGACCCUUCCAGUGCUUUUCUUGCCGUUAUUUUAUUCGCCAACAGGAAUGUGUAAAACAUUGUAACAUUUAUCAAGGAGCACCUCGAGAAUAUGAACAAAAUUCUGAGUGCUUUCAGUGUGAUCCAGAAUGCCUUGUGCAAAAUUCAACUGAAUCAAAUAUAACUUGCACAGGACCAGGUCCAGGCAACUGCUUGCAGUGUGCUCACGUAAUAGAUGGUCCACAUUGUGUUAAAUCGUGUCCUGCUGGCAUUUUGGGAGAAAAUGAUACCUUAGUCUGGAAAUACGCAGAUGAAAAUUCAGUAUGUCAGCUGUGCCAUCCAAACUGUCUUCGUGGAUGCAAAGGACCUGGACUUGAAGGCUGCCCUAAUGGAUCUAGAGUCCCAUCCAUUGCUGCUGGAGUUGUUGGAAGCAUUCUUUGCUUGGUUGUUAUAGCACUGGGCAUUGGUCUUUUUGUGCGGAGGCGGCGGAUUGUUAGAAAACGUACUUUGCGCAGGCUGCUGCAAGAAAGAGAGCUUGUUGAACCUUUGACACCAAGUGGGGAGGCACCAAACCAAGCCCUACUUAGAAUCCUAAAGGAAACAGAAUUUAAAAAAGUCAAAGUCCUUGGCUCUGGAGCCUUUGGUACUGUCUAUAAGGGGCUCUGGAUUCCAGAAGGAGAAAACGUUAAAAUUCCUGUAGCUAUUAAGGAAUUGAGAGAGGCCACAUCACCCAAAGCUAACAAAGAAAUUCUUGAUGAAGCAUAUGUGAUGGCGAGUGUUGACAAUCCCCAUGUGUGCCGUUUGCUUGGAAUUUGCCUCACAUCAACUGUCCAGCUCAUCACCCAGCUCAUGCCUUAUGGCUGCCUUCUCGACUAUGUCAGAGAACACAAAGAUAACAUUGGAUCCCAGUACCUUCUCAACUGGUGUGUGCAGAUUGCAAAGGGAAUGAAUUACUUAGAGGAACGUCGCUUGGUACACCGUGAUUUGGCUGCCAGAAAUGUCCUUGUUAAGACUCCCCAGCAUGUGAAGAUCACAGACUUUGGAUUGGCCAAAUUACUUGGUGCAGAAGAGAAGGAAUAUCAUGCCGAAGGAGGCAAAGUUCCAAUUAAAUGGAUGGCUUUGGAGUCAAUUCUGCACCGCAUUUAUACCCACCAGAGUGAUGUUUGGAGUUUUGGUGUCACUGUUUGGGAAUUAAUGACAUUUGGAUCUAAACCGUAUGAUGGUAUUCCAGCCAGUGAAAUUUCCUCUGUCUUGGAGAAAGGAGAGAGGUUGCCUCAGCCCCCCAUAUGUACAAUUGAUGUGUAUAUGAUCAUGGUCAAAUGUUGGAUGAUUGAUGCAGAGAGUCGUCCUAAAUUUCGGGAGCUAAUAGCAGAAUUCUCCAAAAUGGCUCGGGAUCCACAGCGCUAUCUUGUUAUACAGGGAGAUGAAAGAAUGCACCUGCCCAGCCCAACAGAUUCCAGAUUUUACCGGAGUCUAAUGGAAGAAGAGGACAUGGAGGAUAUUGUGGAUGCAGAUGAAUAUCUCAUUCCCCAUCAGGGAUUUUUCAGCAGCCCAUCAAACUCACGAACACCUCUCUUAAGCUCAUUGAGUGCUACAAGCAAUAAUUCUGCAAUAACCUGCAUAGAUAGAAAUGGGCAGAGUCAUCCAGUGAGAGAAGACAGCUUUGUCCAGAGGUACAGUUCAGAUCCAACUGGAGUUUUCCUGGAUGACAGUCUGGAUGAUGGCUUUCUGCCUGCUCCAGAAUACGUUAACCAAGUGACCCAAAACCCAUCUGCUUCUGUGGUACAAAAUCCAGUCUACAACACUUUCUCCCUUCCUAUUGAUCCAAAGCCUAUGACUGAUUCAAAUCAUCAGAACUUGCACAGCACAGCACUGGAUAACCCAGAGUAUCUCAACACAAGCUUCUCACCUUUGGCUACCACAGUUUUUGAUAGUUCCUCCUACUGGGACCAGACAGCCAACCACCAAAUUAAUUUGGACAAUCCAGACUAUCAGCAAGAUUUCUUGCCCAGAGACAUCAAGCCUAAUGGCAUUGUUAAACUUCCUCCAGUUGAGAAUCCAGAAUACCUAAGGGUAGCAAUGCCAAAAAAUGAAUACAUUGAAGCCUCAGCAUGACCAUGAUAGAGAUUUUGUAUAGUCCCAGCAACAUGGAAAGAUACACAGAUGAAAGAGCUGCUUGCUAUAGAAACAGACUAUGGCUGGAUUUUAAAAAGCAUCAUUACACUUUGGAAUACACUUUUUUCUUCUAAGGUCUGUGCUGUUUUCAACAAGCUUGCUUAGAACUUCAUUUAUCUCUGUGUUUACAAAAGAUGUAACAAAGAACCAAGAAAUCACAACCAGCAAGCAAUAUUUUUUUUCUUAAGCUACAUACAAUUACAACCUUUUGAUGAAUAUUAACUGCUGUAAUAAGCAUCCACCUUAUAUCCUUUUGAUACCUUAUCUUUUAUAGGUCAUUUGUGGUAUUUUUUAAAAAAAGCCUUCAUGACAGCAAGAUGACCAGCUGUUCGAUGCCAUGUGGAUCAUGGUGGGAGAAGCAUAGUGAAAAUGGAAGGAGUCAAGACCCAGACUUUUUACUAAUCUCCUAAAUAGAGUUAACAGCUGUUAAGAUUUAAAGUGAAGCUCAUUCCUAUGCUUUGGUCCAGCUAGUCGAACACCAGCUUUAUUUACUAUUUUAUUUGCAAUGAAAAGAGUAUUUGAAAAAAUGUGAGAAUACUGCUUAAUAUAGUCUUUGAUUAUACUGGGAGAAAGUGAGCCUAGUGGUGCAUACAGUGCUCACUGCCCACUGAGCACUACUGUUGGGAAGCUCUGCAAGUUUCAGUUCAGGAAUGUGCAUAAAGUUCAAAAAGUUAAACGUUCAGGAAUGGUCAUCAGGUACUCACUCGCAUUUCUCUAAGAUACUCACUGUAAGUAUGAGCAGCAUUGUUGUCUUUUGUUCUAUUGUGGUUUUGUGCUUGUUUCCUGGUUUCAUGAUUUCUUUAGAGGUAUGAAAAAUGUACUUAAAAAUCUGCAAAUGGAAAACAUGGAUUUUAUUUUUUUGCACACACACAUUCCACUUCACUGCCUUCCUAACAUUUGAACACAUUAUGUAUAUGAAGUGAGGAAAUGCAAAGGUUGCCAUUUGGCUAAAAUUGAAUUAUUACAUACAUAACUGCAGGCACUAAGGAUGGAUCUUGGGGAAAUCUCUUGCAAAAGCUGGGGAAAAAAGUCUAUGCUGUGGCUCAGCUUCCAUUUAUCAUGAAUUUAUGCAGGAAAAUUUCCCAUUAUCUGAAAUUCUUAGUGGAGAAGAAGGAUUAAUCCAGGAGUUAAUUGCAUUCAGGGAAAAUGUUCUUGUACCAAAAUUCAGCAUUAUAUGCUAAAUAAAACCAGUUAAUCUGCAGGAAUCAUACAGGGUAUGAUUCAGUAUCUGCACUUAAACAGAUAAAAUUAACUCAUCCUUCCAAAAAAUUCCACCAGUGCAGGAUGGUUUUCAGGCCAACCUGGUGAUUAUAUAUAUUAAACUGUUUUUCUAAUACAAUGCUAUAUAUUUCUACUCAGAACUAAGCCCAACUGAAUUCAAUGCAGUUUUCUCUCAAAUAGAAGUAUAUAGGAUCGCAACCUAGUAGUGUGAUCUAGUAUAUUUCUACUUUAAAAUAAGACCUAUUGAGUUCAGUGGGAUUUAUUUCUAUGCAAGUAUGCAUAGUUCUGCAGCUUGACUAGAAGCCUAGCUUCAUUAUGUACCACUUGACUCUGGUGGUGUCUUACUUCCUGGGAGCUGUGGCAAUGCUGUUUGAUAUUGUUGCUCCUCAUUAGUUUGAGUUUAUGACUUUGAUAUGUGAUAGCCACUUUAUAACAAUUUCCAUAUUGCUAAAAUAAUACUGAAUGUGGUCAUUGGAAUGCCUGCCUUUAUUACAAAUGAAACAUCAUUGUGCAAUGGCAUUUCUUCUUUUUAGUGAUCUUUUUAAACUCUGCUAGUAAAAUCCAUAUGGAAAGUAGCCUUGGGUACAGAUUCAUUACAUUGGGUUAUGGCAUUUCAUAUCCCAGGAAAUCAUCAUAUGGUGAAGAAAAACCAAUUACAUACAUGGAUAUAUCCUCAAAAACCUGGUGAUGUUCUAAAUAGCCCUGUGUGAAGCAUCAGGUUAUCAUGAAGAUCUAUUCUUUACAAUGUUGUGGACUACACUCAGAACUUGGCUCUGGGUGAUGAAAACUAUAGACUAUGGAAACUAUGGACGUAUCUGGAAGCCCCAAAUUGGACAAGGCUAAUCCACUACCUUAUUGUGCAAAUUUUUGAAAUAUUUUCCAUGUUCAUCGCAUGUAAGAGACAAGAUUUCCUUCCCAAACUGCAUACAUACAAUAUAUUAAACUGAGCUUCAUACAAAUUUCCUGCUGUGAUUUGCAGGAAUUAGCCACAAUUCUGUACCAUUUUUAUGCCUUCUGUAUGCGAGGUAUCAAGUGAACAUAUUAUUUUGCUUGUAUAGCAGGAGGUAUGCAGUGUAAAAUCACCUAGGACUGCUACAUGUAAUAAUUUUUUCCUUUGAAAACUCAUAUUAAUUCCCAAACUGAAGAUCUUUGCAAAUUGUGGUUAUGUAUGAAGCCACCCUAAGUGCAAGACACUUUGCAUUUCUUGAUGAGCAUUUCAUUUUGGGGAUUUAGACAAUAAAAGAAAAACUAUUACCUACCUCUUCAAUGUCAGUUGUUGUUAACAUUGCUCUAAUUUUCUAUGAUUUAUAUUUCUCUGUGAGAAAAUAUAUUAGUCAGAAAAAGUAAGAAUUGUCUUUUCUGUUUGUUCUUCUCAGCCAUGUUAAAUUGUGUAGCCAUAUUGUGAUCUAUAUAUCAUGCUGCCAAGGGAUGACACUGCAGAUGUUAGAAUCUUCAAUCACUAUUAAGCGUGUUUCUUGAAGUACCAUAUUAUUUUUUUCAUAUUCCAUAUAACAUUCCACUUUUUAUUUUGUUUUUCCAGUCUAGCACCAGACUUUUUGAAGAAGUCUUUUUAGAAAAAAAAUCAUACAGCUAUAUUAAAAAUACACUUCUUUUUACAUAGAAAUGGGUAUUUGGAUAUUAGAACCAAAGAUAUUGUCUUGUUUUCUUGUUGUAAAUUCAUUAAUAAAAGAUUAGUUAUUACCAUU